UAUUUUUGUUAAGAGUGUCUUGCACGGACCGUGAAGCAGCUGCAGUAAAUUUUAUUAUUUUGCUCCAGCAGAGCAUUAGGAUCGUAAAAAGAACCAAUUCCAAACAAACACACCCGUACUGGAGUGAGUAGUUGUUUGAAAGUGGACGAUACCCCAAGGUGAAAGGUGACGAAGAAAAGAAAAAAAAAGUAUUCCAGUACGGUGCUCGUUCUAAGAAUUUCAUCACCAGUGACCAGUGUAGCAGCAAAAAAAAAAUUAUGAAAUGCGAUGGUCCAAGUGCAAAUCAUUAAUGCUGCUUCCCGAUCGUUGGCGAGGAAGAGUAGCGGCGGAAGACGAAAACAAAAUAAUAUUUGGUAAACGAGAAGAAAAACCGAAAACGAUUGGAGAGCGAGUGUCAUCAUCAUCAUCGAUAUCGUCAUUACCAGGGCUAGCAUCUUGCUUGACCGAAAUAAUAAUAAUAACUACGCGGUCCACGGUCAAGAAAGAAGAAUACCUUAAAUCUGAACCACAGUCGUGUGUACUUUCAGCUGAGCGAAGAAUGACGGCGUGAAGAGGAGCACCUGAAAAAAGCAUCAUUUCGAUCAUCACGAGCACAUCGCCACAGUGCAAUAGUUAAUCAUUUCUUUUGCUUCAUUUCAUUGGAGCUGUAACUGAGGUUCACCGUGUUUUUUUUCGGGCUCGGGUUGAGCUUUCUCGUGUGUCGUGGAAGGGUUUUUGGUUGUUCUUUUUCGAGUCGCAAAAAUGCUUUCACGCAAGAGUAAAGAUAAAUCCAUCAAAGAUGGGGUGGUCGGAAAAUACGUAAAACGAGAUACACCACCGGAAAUACCAAUAAUCAACGUACUAACAAGUGAGUCGCACGGAAAACUCAAGAUAAAUAAACGACGGAGCUCUUCCCAAGCCAGUAGUGUGGGUCAGAAUAACAACAUUUACAUGCCGGGUCCGUUGAUGCCAAACAACAACAACAACAACAACAUUAAUAAUGUGCAAAAGUUUGGUAACGUCAAGGUGACGGCUUCGAUGGGAGGUUUAGGUCACGAGGGAAAGUAUACUCCGAGCAGUAAAAUUCCGAAUCUAGCGCAGAAGUUUGUCAAUUUAUCACUGCAGAGCGAUCAACCAAAUAUUUUGAAUCCGACCAGCAGUGUUAUGAUGAUGGCUAACAACAAGAACCAGUUACCGCAACAGCAUCAACCGAUCAUGAUUCCGACCAAACCUUCGAAUCUGAAUUUGGCAGCAACCAAUUCGAAUGUUAUCGAACGGCAGAACAACAAUAGCCACGGUAACUACGUAGACAUUGAAACAAUUGAUCAGAUUCUGAUGCAACAAACGGAAGUGGACAAGGCAGCUCAUCAGUAUCGCCUCCAGCUUCAGCUUCAGCAGGCUCAACAGCAGCAACACUUACAACAGCAGUAUAUAUCGAACUUCGAGCGCAAGUAUUCCUACAAUCAAUUGCAUCACAAUGCCAGCAGUAACCAUUUCCGUAACGGGUUCGAGAACUACGGUAAUCUACUGAGAAACAACAAUCCAACGUCCCCCACCAAUAGUGCCAAUGUAUCCAGUGAUCAACAACAACAACAACAACAGCCUACAUUCGUCCGGCAAUACUCGGGACGACAGCAGCUGCCCACCCCGAAAGAUCACUACCAUAUCUAUGAAAACCCAACACAAAUCAAUCGUUCAGAAUCACCGAUCUACAGCAACACCAAUUCGGCUACAGCCAUCUACCAAGGUUACAACAAUUCCUCGCACCAGUCACUGUUUGUGACGCAGAACAAUACCACGAGCAGUGUGGCGUCAGUUUCAUCUUCCAUCAACUAUCUGGCAGCCCGUAGUCAGCAACCUCAACCGCAACAACCUCUCUAUUCCAACGUUGAAAACAACGGCAUGACCUACGGUGAAGCUCUGCUCCACAAUGCCCGCCAUAGUUCCUCGACUGCUGCCAUACAGCGACAACAACAACAACAACAACCCACUCCGGAUAGUAGCAAUUCGGCUGCCGAAGAGGAACUACCACUGCCACCGGGUUGGUCCGUGGAUUAUACGCUACGUGGUCGCAAGUACUACAUUGACCAUAACACAAAAACUACUCACUGGUCCCAUCCGUUGGAACGGGAAGGUCUUCCGACCGGUUGGGAACGACACGAAUCGGCCCAACAUGGCACCUUCUACUACAACUGCAUCACCGGUCAAGCCCAGGACAGCCAUCCGUACUUGACGUCCUGUUAUCUACAUCACGCCACUCCAGUGGAAAUCCCUCGGCCGCUGAUCGCAUCACAUACUCACUUCACGCCGCACAGUGCACUGGUACCGGCAAAUCCGUACCUGCUAGAGGCGGUUCCCGAGUGGCUUGAAUUCUAUGCUAAAUCUUCACCGGAGAACGAUCACAAACUCAAAUGGGACAUGUUCCAGCUUCAGCAACUGGAAGGGAUCGCAGGAAUGUUGACGAAACUGUUCCGCCAGGAGUGCCACCUGAUUGUGGUAAAGUAUGAGACCUUAAGGAUAGCGAUCCGAUCGAUGAUGGAGGAGAAAAAACGACUGGCCUAUCUAAGCAGUAACGACUCGAACGCAUAGUGGAAUAGUAAACCGACUUUUACGCACGUUAAAUAAGUUACUAUAAGCCGAUAUUCUGCAUUUCGACGGAUCACGUUUUCGAACGAUGCUGAGUUGCGUUCGACCCAACAAUUAUUUAAUCAUCCGUUCCGUUCGAAGAUAAAAACUCCGUAAUGUAGAAGAAGGCUCUAUAUAAGAACCAAUGACAAUAUGCAUUACAAUCAAGAGAUUACGUAUUGUGCCUACGCAUAGAACCACGUUCUAGAUACUCCGUUUUUCGGUUUUCACUUAUUUUUUGGAGCGGUUGAUUACCUCGCUCCCAUGAUUUUUUUUCGGCAUAUUAUAUCCAUUGUGGCUCAGAAGAAUUGGGCGAGGUAACUUGACAGCAGUUAUUUUAAAGCGAACUUUUAGCUACGGUUUUAUGUUUCGAAAAAUUGUGAUAUCCAAUAGUUCCUUGGAAAGUAUACUAUUAACAUUUAUUAUGGCUUCAACAAUACUUGGCGAACGCAGCGUAACGUGUGAAAUGGGCAUAUAAAUGGAGAGGAAUUUGGUUUCAUUUGGUUCCAGAUAUUUCCAACACGUUACUACCGAACCAGCAUCGUCUUCUUCAAAACCGACUGCUAUUCAGCGCAUAGGACUUUCCGAGUUUUAGGAAAAAGACGGAUUAAUUUUAAUGUAUUUUAUUCAUUAUAAAAUCGUACGCA